CCUUGUUCGGUACGAUUCCUCUCUCUGUCUCGGUCUGCUUUGGCGGUAAAACAUGGUUUCAAAAGGGCUACCGUUCCUUCCCGCGCUUCGAUUGCAAGACACCGGGCGAUGAAUCUUGACGGAAAUUUCUUCGAUCGAAUACUGCGGUACCCAUCAUGACUUCUAUUUCUAAGCCUAGCGCUGUAGACACAAUGCUUUCUUCAACUUCUAUGGGCCCCAUAGAUAUCGUAUCUUCAGACAGUGAAAAUGAGAUGCAAGUUGGACAGAAUGCAUCAAUUUCUACAGCGCCUAUUUCAUCUGCCACUUCCAGAAAGCUUCCAUCCUGGGCUUACACCUCCAGUUCAAGUUUAAGGGUAAAAGUGAACCGUCCACAGGCUCCAUUGGAUCAUCUCAAAUGCGGCCCUUGCUUACAAAACCUUCUUUCAAUUCCACAAGAAAUGAGAGGAAGUCAAAUGGACGUGUGAAAAUAUCUGCUGGGCGCACUCAAGAUCUUAUACACCCAGUUGUCCGGAGUGAUGAUCCAAAAUAUGCGGCUGAAAAUGGGAAUGAGGGUGAGCUUGGAGACUGUUUAUACAUUGACAAUGCUGAUGGGACUACUUGUUCUGAUAACACCCAUGACCAUAGACACCUACCAAUUUCUUUCAUGAAUGAAAUGCCUGCUAUAGAGAUAUCUGGGUCAGAUUUUGGAAAGAAAAUACAAAGCGUAGAUGGAGGAGAGUAUGCAAGUUCAGGAUCUCAAUGUGGAUCUGUUCUUGUUCCACAGCCCAAUGAGCACGUUCAAGUUCAACCUGGGAGUGACUCUGAUCUAGGUCUUGAUGGUGAUGGCAUUGGUAAAGACCGAGGGCAUGCACGCUUUCAACUGCAUAAGGAUCUUGUUCCUGAACCUGGCAAGAAACCUUCAUCUCAGCAUAUUCUAAGGACCCUGCCAUCUUCUUUUCAGCCACCUGUGUCAACAGCUAAAUCAAAAGCUUCUGUGGAGACUGGACGUGUUCGCACUGAUAAAGAUGGAGGCCAUGCACACUUCCAACUUUAUGGAGGAAAUGUUUCUGAAUUUGACAAGAAUCGUUCAACCCGGCAGAUGCUGAGGUCCCUUCCGACAUCUCUUCAGUCAGCUGGGUUAGCUACUGAAUCAAAAGCUUUGACAGGAACUGGAGGGGAUGGCAAUGAUGAAGAUAGAGUCCGCACACACUUUCAACUGUACAGAGAACUUGUUCCUGAAGUUGACAAGAAACCUUCAUCAGAACAAAUGCUAAGGAGAGUCCUUCAUCCUCUUCAGCCCACUAUGUCAACCACUCAAUCAAAAGCUUCUAUGGGGACUGGAGUUAAUGGCAGGGAAACCAAUGAGGUUAUUAUUCAUCAAAAUGCUGCUACACGUAGGCUCCUACCUCCAUCUUUGAUGCAAGGAAGGUCUGUUAAUCAUUCAUGGGUUGCUGGUUUAAGUAACGGUAAUACUGCUCAGCACUCUGGAGUAGUAGAAGAAGGCCCUAUGGAAAAUAACGAGAGACUAGUUUUUCAAGCAGCAUUGCAGGAUCUUGCUCAGUCAAAAUUGGAAGCCAGUUUACCUGAUGGUCUCUUGUCUGUUCCUCUCUUAAGGCACCAGAGAAUUGCGUUGGCAUGGAUGCUUCAGAAAGAGUCAGCUAGUUUGCACUGUUUAGGUGGAAUUCUUGCAGAUGAUCAGGGCCUUGGUAAGACUAUAUCAACCAUUGCCCUUAUACAAAUGCAGAGGCCAGUGCAGUCCAAAUCCACAUCCGAUGAUUUAUCCCAGGUUAAAACUGAAGCCUUGAAUUUGGAUGAGGAUGACCGUGCUACUUCUGAAUUUUGGAAAGUGAAGAAGAUAGGAAAACAUGAGGAUUUUAAAUAUCCCACAUCCCGGAAGGGUAGACCAGCAGCUGGUACAUUGGUUGUGUGCCCAGCAAGUGUUCUUCGACAGUGGGCCCGAGAACUGGAUGAAAAGGUUACUGAUGAUGCUAAGCUUUCUGUUUUGGUCUAUCAUGGAGGUACCCGGACAAAAGAUCCCGUUGAGCUGGCGAGAUAUGAUGUGGUUCUCACAACAUAUUCUAUUGUAAGUAAGGAGGUUCCAAAGCAGCCUCUAGCCGAUGAUGAUGAUGGAGAGCAAAUACAUCCUGAAAAAUUUGCAUCAUCCUUCACCAACCAAAAAAGGAAGAAGACUUCCACAACAGCUAAGAAAGGGAAGAAGAAAAGCAAGAAAGGAUUUUCCUCUGUCAGUUACAAUGGUGGUCUGGUUGCCAGGGUGGGCUGGUUUAGGGUGGUCCUUGAUGAAGCUCAAACUAUAAAAAAUCAUAGAACUCAAGUGGCUAGAGCUUGUUGUGGGCUUCGAGCCAAAAGAAGGUGGUGUUUAUCUGGAACACCAAUACAAAAUGCAAUUGAUGAUCUAUACAGCUACUUCAGAUUUCUGAAAUAUGAUCCUUAUGCUGUCUAUAGCUCCUUUUAUUCCUCAAUAAAAUUUCCAAUAUCAAGAGACGCAAGCAGUGGUUAUAAGAAGCUUCAAGCAAUCUUGAAGACUAUAAUGCUGCGCCGCACAAAAGGCACACUACUUGAUGGGGAGCCAAUUAUUCAAUUACCGCCAAAAGAAAUAUGUUUGAAGAGAGUGGACUUCAGUGCUACGGAGCGGCACUUCUAUUCCCAGCUAGAAGCAGAUUCACGAUCACAGUUCAAGGAAUAUGCAGCUGCUGGAACAGUGAAUCAAAAUUAUGCAAACAUAUUGUUGAUGCUAUUGCGUCUCCGUCAGGCUUGUGAUCACCCUCAUCUUGUAAAAGGAUAUAAUUCUGAUUCUGUUGGAAAAGCUUUGUUAGAGACGGCGAGGAAACUCCCUAGAGAAAUGGUGAAAAAUUUAUUGAAUCUGUUGCAAGCUUCUUUGGCAAUUUGUGGUGUAUGCAGUGACCCACCUGAGGAUGCUGUUGUUACAACUUGCGGUCAUGUUUUCUGCUAUCAAUGUGUUUCUGAACAUUUAAUAGGUGAUGAUAAUUUGUGCCCGAUAGCUGACUGCAAAGAACAACUUGGUAAUGAUGCAGUAUUUUCUAGAGCUAUUCUUCAGAGUUGUAUUUUGGAUGAGCUCGAUAAUAAUGCUACAAGUUCUUCUAGAGUUGUCGAAAAAUUUGCAGCUGGGCAGAGUUUGUGCAGUUCUAAAAUUGGAGCUGCCAUGGAGAUUCUUCAUUCAGUUUGUAAAUUUAAGAAUCCAAGUUCCACAGUUAGUUGUGAGGGAUGCAAAGAUGUAGCUCUCUCUCUAGAAAGCACUUAUGACCGUAUCUCGGAGCAAGGCUACUCUAAUGGCCAUGCUAAAACAGAUACAUCUUUCAACUCUACAGUGCAAUCUGAACUACCUGACAAGGCUAUUGUUUUCUCCCAAUGGACUUGCAUGCUGGACUUACUUGAGAUUUCAUUAAACCAAUCAUGUAUACAGUACAGGAGACUUGAUGGGAGGAUGUCUCUGGCUUCAAGAGACAGGGCUGUGAAAGAUUUCACCGCUGAUCCAGAGGUGACUGUCAUGAUCAUGUCAUUGAAGGCUGGAAAUCUCGGUCUAAACAUGGUUGCUGCCUGUCACAUUAUUCUUCUAGAUCCUUGGUGGAACCCAACUACCGAAGAUCAAGCUAUUGACAGGGCACAUCGAAUUGGGCAGACGCGCACUGUGACUGUUUCACGGCUAACUAUUAAAGAUACAGUGGAGGAUCGGAUAUUAGCUCUCCAGGAAGAGAAAAGAAAGAUGGUUUCAUCAGCUUUCGGAGAAGACCCAAGUGGGGGCUCCGCAACUCGGCUUACGGUGGAAGAUCUGAGAUACCUAUUUAUGGUCUGAAUGUGGCCUGUCUCACCACAAACUUCAAAUCUUCCAGGUGUUUCUUGUAACACUUAUGGGCAUACCUGAGAUGUUUGGCUUCAUGGUUUUUGCUGGAUGAGCCUAGGGGUAUGAUCCUGGAACCAGAUGGUGGGUACAUGGUGCUCCAUACCGCCUAAGAUUCAACUAGAAAUUCUGGAUAAUUCAUGUAAGCCAUGGUGACAUCUGGUUAUGUGAGGGUAAUGCAUUUUGUUUUCCAGUUAGCUGUCAGGUGCAAUGCACAUGGAAAGGGGCAUGGUGGGGUGUGAAGGGGUGAAAAUUGUUUUAUGAUCUUGGUUAAGUUAAAACUCAUUGAUUAUAAUCAACCUAUGUGAUAGACUAUUAGAUAGCGCUUGAUUGUAAGCAACCUAUGUAAUAGUCUUAUGACAUUGCACCUGUGGGAGUUUUGUGCUCUCA